GUCUGAGACUCGAGAGAAAGGCGGUCUUCCCGCAGCGAUGUCGGCCUUCGGCGUCACUGCGCUGGGACGUAAGGCGAACGAACCCAACGAUGUAUCACUACGCAGGCAGCUGCGCAUCCGUGUUGGCUUGAUGCUGGCCCACCUCUCUCCUCUGUGGGUGUUUGUGCAGCGCCGAAUCCCUUUUCGGUGACGUUGUUGUCGACGCUGGGCGUCAAGUACUGGGAGGAUGACGAGUUCUUGACGAAAUUCCACCUGUUUGACCGGUAGGUACACAGCCCACACUCGGUUGCCGGGACCUCCUCUCUACGAUGGGGCAGUAUUAGGGCUUUGUUUGCAAAGACGGCGUACAUACAUACAUCCAGCCAGCCAUCCCGUCCGUUGUGUGUGUGUGUGUGUGUGUGUGUGUGUCAUGCAGGGACGGGAGCGGCUUCAUCGAGCGCCGUGAGGUGGUGUCGAUGCUGCGUGAGACGUACGGGUUUGACCCCAUGGCUGAGGAAGUUGACCUAUUCAUGCAGUUCAUGGACAUCAACCAAGACGGAAAGGUGCCUAAAGGCCUAAAGCUGUGCACCAUGAACACAUACAUGCGUGAGGGCCAUUCCAUUCAUGCAUCGAACCCUUAUUCGAAUCUGUCUGUCUUUGUGUCAAGAUAUCGUGGGACGAGUUCCGAGAGGGGCUGCACAGGAUGAGAGGUAUCACACCACACCCGACCAGACAGGCAGAUAGCACACACACACACACACACACACACACAGGGGGGUCUCCUAGCCUCUCGUCUGCCGUGUGCAUGCCAUCGCAAAUCCCCCUGGCCUGAACAAUCAUCGCACUGCUCCUCUGGCCUUCAUGUGUGUGUGUGCCGUCUGCCUGUCUGUCUGUCUGUCUGUCUCGCGUCUCGUUUCCUCUCGCCCACGUCAGCCAUACUGCAGACAGAAGAGUCAGGGACAAGAGAGUAUCAGUCAUCGCAAGACCUGAGAGACCAGACACGCAAAAACACGUGAGAUCAUCCCCCUCUCUGUGUGUGGUGUGUGUUGUGGGGGUGCGGCCAUCAAUCCAUCCAUGUGGGCCCCGUCUAGCGUAUCUGGACGGCUGGGAGUGCAGUGAGGUGCGCCAAUAUCAGUCCUACGACUUCCUCAGGGAGGAGAGGAGGCGCCACAGGUGCACUGCUUACCCGGCCUCCCAAAAUGCCUGCACCAGACUGACCAGCUGGGGGGAUGGAUGAGUGCAUGGAUGUUUUGUGCUCUAUCUGCGUGUGUCGAUUGGCCGCCAAGGUGUGCUUGAUGGCAUACAUACAUGCAUGUGUCUGUCUGUGUUGAUCAGGCGUCGCAAGAAAAGUCCCAUAGAUGUGUUCAAAGUGCCCCUCACGGCUGCACAGGUAUGUGUGUGCGGAUAUAUGGUGUGAACGGGCUAAGUACCUGCCAGUCAGUGUGUGCUGUCUGCCGUGUGCAGCAAGUGGGUUGGCACGAGGAGGUGGUCAUCAACAAGCGGUACCCCAAAAAGAGCUGCGAGGAAACACGAUACCAGGUCAAACCACAGACGCGGUUUUUCCUUGGUAGCAGCACCUGGGUGUCCAACUACGUGCUGCAUGUGUUCGUGUAGGAUGCUGUCGUGAAGGCUCGCUGGUUCUGAUGCCGCCCGCCAUUUGCCCCAGCCAGCCUAGAAUAGCACUAGACCGGCUCUCUGUCCGUGCUGUGAGUGGUGGAAGGAUGGC